AUGAUCUGUCACGCUCUGUUAAUUUUCUUCACUCUAGUUUCUGCCGUCUCCGUCGUAGAUGGAGCAAGGGCGGCGUAUACUGCCACCGAUGUCUUUCUCUUCAACUGCGGCCAAAACAACAUCAUGGUGGACAGCAGUGGCCGGGAAUGGACGGCGGAGAAUCUGGAAAUCCCUUCAGUCAACGCGUCCUUCUCUUCAACUGCAUCACCUCAAUAUUCAGACGUUCCUCAGGUGCCUUACAUGACGGCUAGGAUUUUCCGAUCAGAUUUCACUUACAGUUUUCCCGUCUCUCCCGGCUGGAAAUUCAUCCGGUUAUACUUCUACCCGACCCGCUACGGAUCCGGUUUUGACGCCGUUAGUUCCUUCUUCUCCGUCAACGUCAACGGUUUCACUCUCUUGAAAAACUUCAGCGCCGAUUUAACGGUAAAGGCUUCUAACAAUAAAACAGUCUUAAUUAAAGAGUUUAUCGUCCCUGUCUCCGUUAAGCUGAAUCUCACCUUCACGCCGUCUCCGAAAUCGUUAGCUUUCGUUAACGGAAUUGAGAUUCUCUCCAUGCCUGAUCGGUUUUACUCAAAGGGAGGAUUUGACGACGUGAUAUCAAACGUCGGUAGCUCCGUUAACUUCGAGAUACACAAUUCGACGGCUUUCGAAACCGUUUACCGGAUAAACGUCGCCGGACAAACGAUCAAAGACGUCAACGACACGGGAAUGUUCCGGUGGUGGCUUUCCGAUAUUGAUUUCAUUCUCGGAGUAAACUCUGGGCUUGAGCCGUACGUUCCGUAUGUAAAGAUCAACUACACGAAGAAAACUCCGGCGUAUGUCGCGCCGGAAGAUGUGUACACGACGUAUCGUACGAUGGGGAACGUUGAUGAUCCCAAGCUAAACCUGAAUUUCAAUCUGACGUGGCUCUUUACCGUCGACGCCGGGUUUAACUACCUUGUUAGGCUUCAUUUCUGUGAGACUCUACAGGAAGUGAGCUUACCUGGAGAACGUGUCUUCACCAUCUUCAUCGGAAAUCAUGUUGCAAAGCUUGACAUGGAUGUGAUUCAGUUGAGCGGCGGAUCUCGGAUUCCGAUGUAUCUUGAUUUCAAUGUAUACGUUGAUUCCACUGAUCUACGACUUGAUUUGCAUCCUCUCAAGGACAUUGCUCCAAAGUUUUACGACGCUAUUCUCAACGGUGUAGAGAUUCUCAAGCAGAGUGAUUUUGAUGGUAAUCUCGCUGGCCCUAAUCCAAGUCCUAUACAAAACUCUGUAAUGCAAGAAGCUAUACAAAAACGUAAAAAGAAGUCGCAUGUUUUGGUGACAAUCCUUGAGGUUGUUGGUUCUUCAAUUGGGCUGGGGACAUUUAUCAUUGUGCUGAUACUCUUGAUGCGCCACAUGAAGAGUAAGAAGAGAAGAAAGGAACACAAUGGCGUCAUGUUCAAGGUACUAAUAAAACAAUACACUUACGCACAAGUGAAGAAAAUUACAAAGUCAUUUUCACAGAAAAUUGGGAAAGGAGGAUUUGGAACUGUCUAUGAAGGAAGCCUUUCUAAUGGAUGUAAAGUUGCGGUAAAGGUCUUAAAGGAUUUGAAAGGAAAUGGUGAGGAUUUCAUCAACGAAGUCGCUAGCAUGAGCCAGACAUCUCAUGUUAACAUUGUUUCUCUACUUGGUUUCUGCUACGAAGGUUCGAGGAGAGCAAUCGUAUAUGAGUUCUUGGAGAAUGGGUCUUUGGAUCAAUUUAUGUCAAGAAAAAGGCCAUUGACUCUUGAUGUGACAACACAAUAUGGAAUCGCGCUAGGUGUUGCUCGAGGAUUGGAGUACUUGCACUAUGGUUGCAAAACAAGAAUUGUGCAUUUCGACAUCAAACCUCAGAAUAUUCUGUUAGAUGGCAAUCUUUGUCCUAAAGUCUCGGACUUUGGCCUUGCUAAACUUUGUGAGAAAAGAGAAAGUGUUAUGUCACUGAUAGACACAAGAGGAACUAUUGGUUACAUUGCACCUGAGGUGUUCUCAAGGAUGUACGGCGGAAUCUCCCACAAGUCAGAUGUGUAUAGCUAUGGAAUGUUGGUACUCGAGAUGAUUGGAGCAAGAAACAAAGAAAUAUUUGAAGCUAGAGCUUCUAGUGCUAGUACCGUUUACUUUCCUGAUUGGAUCUAUAUGGAUCUUGAAAAUGGAGAGCAAACGUGGAUACUUGGAGAUGAAGUAACCAACGAGGAAAAAGAGAUUGCAAAGAAGAUGGUCUUAGUGAGCCUCUGGUGUAUUCAACCAUGUCCAUCAGAUCGUCCACCGAUGAAUAGAGUUGUUGAGAUGAUUGAGGGAAGUUUGGAUGCUCUUGAUUUACCUCCUAAGCCUUCUAUGCAUAUUUCCACUGGGCUUAUUAUUGAAUCUUCUUCGCUUCCUAAUGUUUCCGCAGUCUCCGUCUUACAAAGAGCAACGGCGGCGUAUACUCCGGCCGAUGUCUUUCUCGUUGGCUGCGGGGCUACUUCCUACAAUGUCUCUAGCAGUGGUCGGAACUGGACGGCGGAGAGUCAGGAGAUUAUGUCGUCGAAUUCAGACAAAGCUUCGUUUUCUUGGGUUGCAUCAUUCAUUGGACCCGGGGUUCCUCUGGUGCCCUACACGACGGCUCGGAUUUUCCGAUCCGAUUUCACUUACAGUUUUCCAGUUUCUCCCGGCUGGAAAUUCAUCCGGUUAUAUUUUUACCCGGGCGGUUAUAAUAUAUCCGGUGAUUUCGACGACGCUAACUCUUUCUUCUCCGUAACCACCAAUGGUUACAAUCUUUUGAAGAACUUCAGCGCCGAUCAAACUGUAAAGGCUUCUAGUAAUCCGGUCUUGGUCAAAGAGUUUAUCGUUCCGGUUAACCAGACUUUGAAUCUCACCUUCAGGCCGUCUCCGAAUUCGUUAGCUUUUGUUAACGGAAUCGAGAUUGUCUCCAUGCCUGAUCGGUUUUACUCAAAGGGAGGAUUCGACGACGUGAUAUCAAACGUCGGUAGCUCCGUUAACUUCUUGAUAGACAAUUCCACGGCUUUUGAAACGGUUUACCGGAUAAACGUCGCCGGACAAAAUAUCAGCGACUCAGGUGACAAAGGAAUGUUCCGGCGAUGGCUUUCCGAUGAUGCGUUUAUACUCCGUGUAAACCCGGGACUCAAGCCGGACGUUCUAGAUGUAAAGAUCAAGUACACGGAGAAAACUCCCGCGUAUGUCGCGCCGGAUAAUGUGUACACGACGUCUCGUACAAUGGGGAACGCCGCUAAUCCUAAGCUUAACCUGAAUUCCAAUCUGACGUGGCUAUUCCCCGUCGACGCCGGGUUUAACUACCUCCUUAGGCUUCAUUUCUGCGAGACCCUCCGGGAAGUGAGCUUCCCGGGAGAGCGAGUCUUUAGCAUCUUCAUUGGAAAUCAGGUUGCAAAGCUUGACAUGGAUGUGAUUCAGUUAAGCGGCGGCUCUCGGAUUCCGAUAUACCUAGAUUUCAGUGUAUUUGUUGGUUUGGAAAACGAGUCUAGAGCUGAUCUACGACUUGACUUGCAUCCUUUCAAGGACAUUGCUCCAAAGUAUUACGACGCCAUUCUCAAUGGUGUAGAGAUUCUCAAGAUGAAUGAAUUUGAGGGAAGUCUCGAUGGACCGAAUGGGUUCUCUAAUCCAAAGAGAGAACCUACUAACUCGGAGGGCAAUCUCGUUAGACCUAAACGUAAGCCAAAUAUGUUGGGAGGCAAGUUAAAUGUCCUGAUGAUAGUUGUUGGUUCUGCAUUUGGGCUGGUGACUUCCGUUGUUAUCCUCAUAUUGCUGAUGCGUCAGAUGAAGAGGAAGAAGAGAAGAAAGGAAAAUAGUGGCGUCAUGUUCAAGGUACUUAUUAAACAAUACACUUACGCACAAGUUGGGAGAGGAGGAUUUGGAACCGUCUACGAAGCAAACCUUCCUAACGGCUGUAAAGUUGCAGUAAAGGUCUUGAAGGAUUUGAAGGGAAAUGGUGAGGAUUUCAUCAACGAAGUCGCUAGCAUGAGCCAGACAUCUCAUGUAAACAUUGUUUCUUUGCUUGGUUUCUGCUAUGAAGGUUCCAAAAGAGCGAUCGUAUAUGAGUUCUUGGAGAAUGGGUCUUUGGAUCAGUUCAUCUCUAGACAAAGGCCAAUGACUCUAGAUGUGAGGACGCAGUAUGGAAUCGCGCUUGGUGUUGCUCGAGGAUUAGAGUACUUGCACUAUGGCUGCAAAACAAGAAUCGUGCAUUUCGACAUCAAACCUCAGAAUAUUUUGUUGGAUGGCAAUCUUUGUCCUAAAGUCUCGGACUUUGGCCUUGCUAAACUUUGUGAGAAAAGAGAAAGUGUUAUGUCAUUGAUAGACACAAGAGGAACUAUUGGUUACAUUGCACCUGAGGUGUUCUCGAGUAUGUAUGGCGGUGUCUCCCACAAGUCAGAUGUGUAUAGCUAUGGAAUGUUGGUACUCGAGAUGAUUGGAGCAAGAAACAAAGAAAGAUUUGAAAACACAGCUUCCGACACUAGGACAUCAUCUCACUUUCCUGAUUGGAUCUAUAAGGAUCUUGAAAAUGGAGAGCAAACGUGGAUACUUGGAGAUGAAGUAACCGACGAGGAAAAAGAGAUUGCAAAGAAGAUGGUCUUAGUGAGUCUCUGGUGUAUUCAACCAUGUCCAUCAGAUCGUCCACCGAUGAAUAGAGUAGUGGAGAUGAUAGAGGGAAGUUUGGAUGCUCUUAGUUUCCCUCCUAAGCCUUCCAUGCAUAUUUCCACAGGGCUUACUCUUGAAUCUUCUUCGCUUCCUAAUGGUGAAUAA